UUGACAUAUUGAUUUCAGUCGAGCCUGUCAUUGACUUUGUAUGUUUUCUAGUUACAUUGUUUCUAAAAAAUAAAAAUAAGUUUAUUUGUUACUUAAAAUAUUAUUAUUAGCAAUCAUCGGCUUACCUAUGUCUUAAAUCACUAAGCAAAAUGGCGAAUAAUAGUGAAGUCAAGUCGAUCAUGUCGAUAUCUACUCGGUCGGAAGCUAAUCUAAGGUCGGAAGGCAGUACGGCGCCGCUAUCGCGUCAGCGCUGGCGAAACGCGCCCUUGCACGAAAGAUGUUCUAUGGCAGAGAUGGUGAAGAUAAAAGAGGCCUUUCAAGAGGCGUACAGGAAUAAAUUGAUGGCAGAGGAAUUCAGAAGGCUCUUGAGGACGCUGCUGAACGUGGAAUACGAUGAUGAAGAGUUCAAUAUAUUGUUCAUGAAGAUAAAUACGUCCCGUAACGGUGAGAUCGACUGGGACGAACUGGUCUCGCACCUCCUGCUGGGCUACUUCGCCAACGACCCAGAGAACCAGCGCGCCACACUGCAGUUGCCUAUCAUGGGUUUGCCCAGCGUCAUGCCCUCGCAGCAUCGGCAGCCCGUCUCCAGGAUAUGCUUCUGCCCGGAUGUCUUUAAGGGAAGGGCAUUUCUUGAUCGGAGCACAGAUCCGAUGCAAGGGAACUACAUGACGGUCAGCCGCGACGGUAUGAUCAAUUGGUGGUCGCUCGAAAUGUCUCUUUUGCGGACAGCCUAUUCCUCCAGCCCACACCUGAAGGUACGAACCACCUGGGUGACAGACAUGGUGUGUCUGCCGGACGUCAACAUUGUAGUGACCAGCUCGACGGAGCGCGAUCUCCGCUUCUACGACUGCACCGCCAAAACCUUCACCCUCAAGAUCGUCAUCAGCAGUUGGGAGUACAUGAUAUGCACAAUGUACUACCAUUUCAACAAGGAUCCAAACGAGGACUCAAUUUUGAUAUGUGGUGACGUGGCGGGUAAUGUUCGGGUGAUGACGUUUUCGCCGAUAGAGCGUGGCCCAUUCCGCAACCAGCCCGGCCGGGCGCUGUUGCAGUUGAGGCACGUGGAUCUGCAGAGACGGCCUCGUCUGCUCCCAGAGUUGAAGUUGACGGAGAUGAGCCGGGUGCACAGCGACUGGGUGCGGCAAGUGUCGUUCUACGCGUCGCUGCACUGCAUCGUGUCAUGCUCCACGUGUCCUGACGCGCUGCUGAUGUGCGACCUCGCUGCCUCCAAGACGCACAACAUGUUCCGGGUGGACAAGGGUAUCCAAUGCUUCGUGUUCGACGAGGAGGCGCACGUACUCGCGACGGGUGGGCCCGACUGCGUGGUGCGCGUGUGGAACCCCUUCGUGCCCAGCAAGGCCAGCGUGACCUUCCACGGCCACCACGCGGGCAUCACGGCGCUCGUGCUGCAGAACAACGGCCAGGUCGUCUACUCGCUGUCUCGAGACCGUGUCAUCAAGGCCUGGGACGUGCAGGGACAGGUUUGCGUGCAGACCUACAUCGACAUUCCGUCCCAAAUCGGCGAGCGCACGCCCAUCUCCGCAGUGUACAACCCUGCGACUCGCGAGUUCAUUCUCGCCGCUAUCAAGAUCGCUGUGAUAGUCCUCGACGAACAACUGAAUCCCCAACACACGGACGGGUUCACGCACUCGCGCGCAGUCGCCAAGGUGCUCUACAACCCGCUCUUCAAGGUUGUCAUCACAUGCGGCAUGGACAGCAUUAUCAUCAACUGGGAUCCGGUCACAGGUAAGCGCAACGUGCUGGUCCGCGAUGCGCACACGCGCCUGCUGCACGGGGAGCUGAUUCCCGUGGAGAUCACGGCCGCUUGCUUUGACCCUGGCUUUCAGCUGUUGCUUACUGGUGCCAGAAACGGCACUCUUAAGGUUUGGAACUUUAACACGGGCCUUUGUUUAAGAAGUAUGGAAAUUGAACAUAUGUGUGAAGUUACUAACUGCUUCUGGGUGGAAGGAAGGAUCCUAGCAGUGGGUUGGAACCGCCACGUCACAGAGUUCGAGGACUCGGGCACCAGCUCCAGCGGCAAGGCGUGGGAGACGAGGCACUCGGAUGACGUGCUUGCGGCGGCCGUGCGCGCGCCGCUCUCGCUCGCCACCGCCUCCUACAACUCGGAGCUCGUCUUUUGGAAGCUGGAGACUGGCCAGCCAUACAGACGUUUCUCAUGCACGGACCCCAUGUUGCGUAUAAAGUUGAUGUACAGCAAGCGCCCCGCCUCGCCGCAAGCCACGUCAGCAGCGACUGGUCGACGCAGCAUGUCCACAAUAAAGCGACCGAGCAUGAGCGGUCGUGAGCUGAUCGACUCCUCGGCUGCGAUGCAGAAGGCGCGCGCACGCCGCGUAUCCACGGUGACGUUGCCGGCGCGCGCGCAGCACAUGCGCCAGCUCGCCGCGCACGCAAUGAUCUUCCUCACCACCAGGCCCUGCCAUAUGCACGUAGCGUCCCUCAUAGUAAGUCUGGAGAAUGGCCAGGUGCAGUGCUGGUCGGACCACCCGGCCGGCGGGCUGCAAGGCGCCUUCCAGGGCAUCCACACCACCGGGGACUACGUCUCCGCCUUCGCGACGGACGUCGACAACGACUUUCUCUUUACUGGCACCACUGUGGGAUACAUCAAAGUCUGGCUUAUGAAGAACUACCUCGUAAAUGAACAGGUGCACGUGAACAUGCCACAACUGCGGCUGAUGUUUCCGUUCCUGUGGCGCGACCGCAUAGAGGGGCGCGCCAAGCGCAGCGUGCGCGACCAGCCGCUGCCCCUACUGCUCAACAGUUACCGCGCUCAUUUGCGCUGCGUCACUGCGCUCGCCUACAUCGAUGACCUUCGGCUCGUGCUCAGCGGUUCGUCGGACUACAGCGUGCGCAUGUGGAGGCUGUCGGGCGAGUACCUGCAGACGCUGGGCAGCUUCGUGCCGUGGAACAUCAACGUUACGCGCUUCCCGCCCGACGUCCGGAAGGUGGCCAGCUUCACCACCUUCAAGGUGUGGCGCGGCGGCUGGGUGUCGCGCUUCGUGCCGGGGCAGGCGGUGGUGGACACGCUGCGCGACAUCACCGCGCGGGAGCUGCGCACGAGUACGUUCGGCGCGCCGUGCGCCGAGCCGCUGCUGGGCCACCACCUGGCCCUGCCGCGCCGCCCCGAACCGCAACCGCCACCGAAGCUCGACGACUCACUCCCCACGAUCCCGCUGUACGCGCACCUGCGCAUGGCGUCCACGCAGCCGGUGCGGCGGCCGCCCACGCCCGAGCUGGUGCGUGCCACACGCGUGCGCCGCGACGCCGCUCGCGCGCCGCGCACGCACUUUGAGAACACCGAGCCUUGAUCAGCGCGACACGUG